GCAUUGUUGUGUGAGUGAGGGAGAAGGUAGAGGGAGAAGAUGACUGAGUACAAGUUGGUGGUAGUGGGAGCAGGAGGCGUUGGGAAAAGUGCACUCACUAUCCAGUUUAUUCAGAACUAUUUUGUGGAUGAAUAUGACCCCACUAUUGAGGACUCGUACAGGAAGCAGGUGGUGAUCGAUGGUGAGACGUGUCUCCUGGACAUCCUGGACACUGCAGGUCAAGAGGAGUACAGUGCUAUGAGGGACCAGUACAUGAGGACUGGAGAGGGCUUCCUCUGUGUGUUCGCCAUCAAUAAUAUAAAGUCUUUCGAGGACGUGCAUCUCUACAGGGAGCAGAUAAACCGGGUGAAGGACAGUGACAAUGUUCCGAUGGUGUUGGUGGGGAAUAAAAGUGAUCUGAGCUCUCGCUCAGUGGAGACACGUCAAGCACAAGAGCUGGCUCGGGGAUAUGGCAUCCCAUUUGUCGAGACGUCCGCCAAAACGCGACAGGGUGUGGAGGAGGCUUUCUACUCACUGGUUCGAGAGAUCAGGAGAUACAAGGAGAUGAACUGCAGUUGAUUACCACCCCAAAGUUAAUUAUUUUCAAUAACAGCAUGUCUGAAGUGUUUUAUUCCUUUUAUACCAUGGCAAUUUGCCAACAGUAACAAUUUUGUAUUUAUUAAAGGUAUUCACAUUGUACUUUGUUAUCCACAUAUAGUUACAUUUAAUGUUGUUGAACAUCUGCAAAACAAGUUAGUUCCCAUUAUGACUUUUGUUUAAGGCAGCUAUAAACAGGCGUUCCCUCACUAUCCUCUUUUUACCCUCUCUUGGAGUUAAUAAGACAAAAAAAAAAUUACAGCUUGUCAUGUUAUUAAGAAACAGCAAAGCCCUCUGUCCUGAAGACUUUCUUAUAGAGGAAAACUUAAAGUUACAGCUUUGCCUCUGACUGUUACAAAGCACUGACACUGGAGACUCCUUCCAU